ACAGAAUAUGGUGUGCUUUAACUACUAAGGCCUGGCUCACAUCUGUGCAGGUGGUGCCGCUGCGGAUCCGCAUGAAAAUCCGUGCAGCUGCACCACCAGCACAAAGAAAUGCAGACCCACAGGCGGGUGCCAUUAUUUCUAAUGGCACGCCGCCCGUACUGGAAAACGCAACCGUACUGGGAACCAAGGUUCCUGUGCGGACUGCGUUUUCGGAAGAAGUGCAGGGACUUCUUCCCUGCGUGUCACGAGAGUCCAUUCAAAUGAAUAGACUCUCGUGCCCCGCACGG